UGCUCGGUGAUCUCGACACUCGAGAUCUGUCGAGACAGCUUCUGCCCUUUGCUAGAGCAGUUGAUGCGACCGCCGAAAUGGCUCCAGAUAAAGGAAAGGAGAUAUUGAAGACAUACUCUAAAAAAGAGUCCACCGACGCAUCCGUACCAGCCGCGGUACUUUCACCCUCAAACCAACCCCUACUCACAGUUGAGGAAUCUACUACCCGCACUGAGUUCCCUCGCUUCUCGAAGCUACCUCCUGAACUGCGCAUCAGGGUUUGGCAGCAUGCCCUCCCUUGUCCACGUGUGAUCAGAGUCAAGGUCUACGUCCUGAGAGCUCACGUCUCCAAUGCUCCCAUCGGACUCCGGUUCCGGUCUUCCACGCCCGUUCCAGCGAUGUUGCACUCUUGUCAAGAAUCGCGUGUCGAAGCUUUGAAGACCUACCAGUUGGGAAUGGGAACCGUUCGAGACCACCCUAGAAUUUAUGUGGACUUUAGGAGGGACACUAUCUACUUGAGAAAUGUUGACGAAUCCAAUGGCCAUAAUUGCUUCACGCUCCAUUGCCUUCUGCGCAGCAUGGCAGACAAGGAGCUACAAAAAUUGCGCCACUUGGCUGUCCAACAGAGCUUUUGGGAGCGUGCACGCGAUGCCAACACGGCAGUGCUUCUCGAUUUCCAUCACCUGAAAAAACUCACACUGGUGGUUGAGAGGCCCGAGUCGGAGGACAGUAAAGAAGUAGCAUUUGCGACACCGAAGCCCUCGGAUGAGAGGUUCUUCGAAGACUUUGACGAUGAGACGCCCCUGGAUUCAUUUGGCCGAAUGAUGCUGCGAAUAGCCUUCACGAAUAUCUUGAUGACGUGAUCGAAGGUCAUACUUGUGAUCUUAAGAAGCCCCGAGUUGAGUUUAAGGUCCUUGUUCCAGCUGAAUAAGGAACAAUGGGGAAUAAAGGACAUGGGCACGACAGAGGGGACGUUAAGAGCAGAAUAUACCAACAUAGGCCA